AUGCUAAAUUUAAUUCCACCUCAAUAAUAUAAACCCUAUACCAAUACUCAGACUGCUGCUCAAUCUGCAGUUUGUAUACUCUUGAGAGGCCAAUUUAAACCAUAACAAGGCUAUUCUUAACUCAAUAUCAACAAUCCUUAAUCCACCAAAUUUCAAGAAUAGCAAGACAUUGAAAUACUUUAUAUUUAAAGAUAGAACUCAAAAAGAGAUUAAUAUAGUGGUGAAAUCGCUUUCCCAGGAGGCAAAUGCGACGAUGAUGAAACUGAUUUAUAAGCUGCAAUAAGAGAAGUACAUGAAGAAGUAGGAAUUAAUUUAAAUGAUUUAGAAUGUUAUUAUGUAUGUCGACUCUCCAAAAAUGCUUAUAUGAAGAAACUGAGAAAUAAUAAGUCUUUAUAUUGCAGUGCUUUCGUUAUAGCAAUUAAUGAUCCAUUAAAAAAAACUGAUAUUAUGAAAUUGUCAGAAAAUGAAAUAUAAUUAGCAAAAUGGAUUAAGCUUACUUAUUUUGAUGAUCCUGUUUACAAAAUAAAAAAGAGUUAACAUUAUUUUGGGCCUAGGUUUGUAGCAAAAUAUUUCAAGUCAGCAGAAACUGCAGCUUUGGAUGUUGGUUUUGAUGAAAUGCUAUAUGGGUUCACCUUUUUCAUGACAAUUGCCUUUUUAAUUUUAAUACAGAAACACUAAAAAGUGUUGGAACAUGCUCAUUUUGCAAAGUUCACUUUCACAGGACCAAUAAAGUAUGCUCUAGAGUAUGGAGCCAUUAUGGCUUACAAGAAGGAGAGAAUUAGUCUGUUUGAAAAAUGGCAAUGGCCAAUUUCCAUUUACUUAAUUCCUUUAAUAAUAUUGAUGAUAAUUAUAAUUUGGUUUAUAUUUUUAUGA